CAUCGAUCGACCGUUAUCAAUCAGUUUUCAUUUCUUAUUGCCUCUCACAGCAACGUGCAAUGAACAAAGUGUGGACCGCGCUUCUUGCGGUCUGUGUCGCGCUGAUCUCGCUCGUUCUCGCCGACGACGCGGGUAGCAGCAACGUCGUCCAGCUCACGGGCGACAACUUUCAGGAGCUCACGCAGCUCGAAACCGGUGACCGCGGCGACUGGCUCAUCAAGUUUUACGCGCCGUGGUGCGGCCAUUGCAAGCGUCUCGCACCCAUCUUUAAAGAGCUCGCGGUCGAGGUCGCGGGCCAAACCUCGAUCGCCGAGAUAAACGUCGAGGCGCACAAUGACAUCAAGGAACAGUUUGGCGUCACGGGGUACCCGACGCUGCUCUUCUUCAAGCAGGGCAAGAUGUACAGCUUCAAGGGCGAGCGCUCGGUCGCGGGCUUCAAGACGUUCCUCGAAGGCGGGUACGAGACCAUGGACGCCAAGGCCGUGCCCAAGAAGCGCGACCCGAACGCGCCGUCGUUUGUCGAGGCGCUGACCGCCGACACGUUUGACGCCAAGGUGCUCGACAGCAAGAACGGCUGGCUCGUCAAGUUUUACGCCCCGUGGUGCGGCCACUGCAAGCAACUCGCGCCAACGUACGACGCGCUCUCGCAGGACCUGCACGGUCAAGUGCACAUUGCCAAAGUCGACGUCACCGAGCACGAAGCCAUUGGCGAGCGCUUUGGCGUCCAGGGCUUCCCGACGCUCGUCUUCUUCAAGGGCGGCAAGAUGUACGAGUAUGCGGGUGCGCGCAGCCUCGAUGCGCUCACGACGUUUGUAUCGACGGGGUACACGGAGAAGGCGGGCGACCCGAUUCCGAUGGCCGACGGCGGGAUCUCGGAAGACGAUUCGGCGGUCGUCAAGCUCACCACCGCCACCUUUGACGAGCUCGUCAUGGCACCGACCAGCGGCGGGUGGUUCAUCAAGUUUAUGGCGCCGUGGUGCGGCCACUGCAAGAAGAUGGCGCGGACGUGGGGAAAACUCGCUUUGUCGCUCCAAGACAACGCCGAUGUGCACAUUGCCAAGGUCGACGCGACCGACGACGUCGAGCUCAAGCUGCGCUUCCAAGUCAACGGGUACCCCACUGUUCUCUUCGUCAAGGACAACAAGAUGUAUGCGUACGACGGCGCGCGCACGCUCGAGGCGCUCUCUGCGUUUGCGACCGGCGGCUACGCCGAGCAGGAGGCCAAGGACAUUCCGACGUCGCCGCUCGUCGACCUCACCGACGACACCUUUGAUGCGGUCACGCGCGUGAAUGAGCCGAACGCCGACGCGUGGCUCGUCCAGUUCCACGCGCACUGGUGCGGCCACUGCAAGGACAUGAUGGGCGCGAUGCUCCAAACGGCCUUGACGCUCCAGGACCACGGCAACGUGCAUGUUGCCCGCGUCGACGCCGACAUCAACGCCAAGCUCGGCAUGCGCUUCGCCAUCACGGGCUACCCGACGCUCGUGCUCAUCCGCGACGGCCGCGUCUACGAGUUCGACGGCCUCCGUGACCCCAAGCUCAUGACGGCGUUUGCGUUGACCGAUUAUGCGACCAAGGACUCGCGUCCGCUGCCACAUCCGACGGACGGCAAGCCAGCGACCAAGAAGAAGGCGAGCGAGGUGGACCAAGCCGCACUCGUCGACGUGCAAGCGCUCACGACCGACGAUGUCCGUGGGUCCAAGCUGGCACGCCUCGUCAUGUUUCAUGCGCCGUGGUGUGGCCACUGCAACAAGCUGCUCCCGACCUUUGGCAAGGUCGCGACGGCGCUCAAGGCCAAGAACGUCCUGGCGGGCUCGAUCGAUGGCACCAAUGUCGCCAACCGUCCGCUCAUGCAAGCCUUUCGCAUCGCGUCGUACCCGACCAUCCUGAUGCUCCACGACACCUCGUACACGCUCUUUGAAGGCGACCGGAGUGUGGACGCGCUUGUGGCGUUUGCCGAUGGCGGCUACAAGACGACAUCGACCAAGAAGGACAUGCCGGUGAUUCCCAAGGCCGAAGCCAUCCAGCCACAGCAAGCCAUCCAGCCACAGCAAGCCAAGGAAGAAGCCACGCCGACCGAGAUGGCCGAGAACGUCCAUGUGGCCGAGUGGACUACCGCGAUCUUCGACACGGUGCUGGAGGAACCGGGCAACGACAGUGUCUCGUCGCCCGAGCUCUUCCUCCUCGAGUUUUACGCGCAGUGGUGCGGCCCGUGCCGCACGUUUGCAGCCGCGUACGAGGCCAUCGCCCAGGAUCUCAAGAGCGCAGCGCCCAACGUGGUCGUCGCGCGCAUCGAUGGCGCACUUGAGGACGAGCUGCGCACGCGCCUCAACGUCGAGAGCUACCCGAGCGUGCUUUUGGUCGACAAGAGCAAGCGGCUCGUGUACGCCUUCCCGAGCAAGGCGGAGCGAACCAAGGAUGCGAUCCUCAACUUUGUCAAGGGCGGGUACAAGGCGACGACGCCGACCGCGCUGCCGCACCCGCCGUCGGCGCUGCAUAUCAUCUUCCAAACGCUGUCGCUCGCUGUCUCGGAGUUGCUUCGCCCCGAGAUGAUGGCGGUCGUCUUGGCGCUCGGUGGCGGCAUCGGCUACACCUUUGCCGUCACGCGGUCCCCAAAGAAGCUCCCGACAGGCCUCACAAAGGCCAAGAAGAACGAGUAAAAAGAUAAUACAAAGAUAACUUGACUGCAUACACUUCCACGUUGCUGCAUUGCAACUAUAGAAGCAUCC